UUUCUGACUAAACCCUCCUCCCCCCCUCUUCAUCUCCUUUCCCCUCCUUUUCCUCAAUCUCUCCUCCUGUCCAUCGGACUACAUAGUAUUCAACUUAUCAUCUUUCCUGGUCCGACUUUUUUCCUUGGACGACCGCCUUCUACCCCCCUACUCUUUCUGCCUUGUGGAAACUCUCCUCCUUUCUUCCUUUCCGUUCUUCUCCCCGACCAUCUCCGUCGUUUGUUUAUCCCACCCACCACUUCCAUCACCACCGUCACCAUGGGUCAGCACUCCGCUAUCUGGCAAGGCUAUGUCGAUUCCAGCUUGAUGGGAUCCGGCCAAUUUGACAAGGCUGCCAUCCUUGCCUACGACUUCUCUGAUGUUGAGGCUUCGUCCCCCGGCUUCACGAUCGCUCCUCAGGAGCUGACCGCUGUCGCCGCCAUCUUCCAGAACCCCAGCAGCGCCUUUACUACCGGUGUCGUCGUCGGAGGAGAGAAGUUCGUUACCAUCAAGUCCGACGAGCGCAGCGUGUACGGCAAGAAGGGCAAGGAGGGUAUCGUCAUCGUCAAGGCCAACUCCUGCGUCUUCGUCGCCCACCAUGGCGAGGCCGUCCAGACCACCAACGCCGCCACCGUCGUCGAGAACCUCGCUGACUAUAUCAACAACCCCCGGUAGAUGGGCCGGUGUAUACACCUAAUCGAAAAGUCUGUCGUUGGGGGGGGG